GACUGCUCUGGAUGCGCAAGGUAGCACCGACGUCGUCAUGCUAUCGCGUGCAUCGCCACGGCCUAGCUUGGUUCCUUAGCAUCGCGUCGCUCUUCAAUGUCUCGUCUAUGCCGCUCACGGCCUACCUCUCGGAGUACCUCCCGUGGGUCGGUCGACUGAGCGCCGCCGAAUCGUACGCCAACUACACGACGUUCAGCACGGCAAUGCUCGCUGUAAACCAGCAGCUGUAUUCGAGUGCAACGUUGCCUCGGGGGGUCGUCUACCUUGUCGAUGAUCUCAACGACGCACAAGUCGCCCGGGCACUGCUACCCCUCGCACAGCCGCCGAUGGAUGCGAAUAUGUGUUUUCGAACACAUCUCUUGGGUCUACCGGGUCUUAUCUACUACACCGGGGCCCACGUGGACCUGCUCUGCAGUGUGCUCCAGUUGCCCAAUACCAGCAGCAUCGGCAAGUGGGCAAAUCUGGGCUCGUGCUUUCAUGCACAGCUGAUCACUUUUACACUGGGUCGGUCGUGUCUCUGGGUCGUACCAGGUGACGCAAUUCACAAUACGACCAACGACAGCAGCGACCAUGUGACCGUCUAUUUUGCCUACUGGGAGUCAAGGUACGAGUCCUGGGUCUGGUUCAAGUUUGUCUAUCGAAUUUGCGCCACAUUGUUUGUCUGGAAUCGGCUCUGGCGCCUCUACUACCGCCAUGUUUUUGAGCUCGAGGCACGACUACAAAUAUCUGGUCAUCGCCAGACCAUGCCCGAGGGUGCUUGGUCCUACCAGCUGGUUGUGGGCGACCCAACCACCAUCAUCCUCAUGGAUCCGUGGGUCGCGUCCCUAUACUUUCUCGACAUUUGGCUCAGCGUCACCAACCUCGCGAUCGCCAUCAUGCAAGUCACACAAAAUGGCAACGCGAAGCUGAUGCUUCUCAGCAUGUCGUAUCUGGCACGGACGGUCUGGUUUGCGUACUGGGGUCUCUGCCUCGUCUCGUUUGGGCUCAAACGCUGGCAGAAGGAACACAUCUUUGGCGAAGUCGAUCCGACUCUUGUCGCCAUUGCAGUCACCAUUUAUGGUCCGGUGCUCACAUGGAUGAACGGCCAUGUUGAGAUUUUCACGCGCAUUUACCGCUGGACGUUCUACUGUCUGUUGCCCGCCGAGCGACGGAGCCAAGAGAUCGAGUCGGCCCUUGGCUGUGUCAUUUAUGCGGGACUCAUCACGUGCAUUCCGCUUCUCUACGGCUUGAUCGCCCCGCACGUCCCGCAAUUCCAGCGUCAUAGCACCGUCGAGUACAGCAGCUUUCACUUCAACAACGUCAAGACCCGUGUCGCCUUUGGACUGGCCCGCGCGCUGUACCACGAGCCGCGACUUCAGUCGCGCGGGGGCAACCUGCAUCGGGCCUUUGCAGCCAUACCUCGCCUCAAGCAAUGUCCGACCAUCAGUCUCCGCUCAACUGACUGUUUUGUGCUCUGCUACUGCGACGGACACUUGCACGAGAAGCUGCGUCUGAGCCUUCUCGACAGCUUGGACAGAACGCACACGGAGAUCCCGAGGGCCGCCACGUCAUCAGAAUUCGUCGUCAACGUCCUCGCCAAGCCAGACGGUACCUUACUAUGA